CCAGACUCGAGUGAAUUUUCGAGCAGCGAAAAGAGGGGGCCAAGGAAGUUGCGUGCGAUGUUUUCCACCCCCUCGGUAUCCCGAAUCCGAAACUAAUGAAACAGAGCAACGGAUACAUCCAGGAACCGAUGGCUACUGCGGAAUCGGAAUCAGAUGCCAUGCAAGAAGAUCACCAAAUCAAUAACAUCGCAACAGUUGGACCCAAAACGGAAGGCCAUGAGUUCAGCCUUGCUCUCAAACCCAAGGGGACUCCGCUGUUUCGACUGAGUGCUUUAUACAAGAGCCGGCUACGGUUCUGCAUAUUCCUGCAUUUCCUACUGUUCCUAGUCAUGUGUGCGAAACUUUCCGAAGACAUCCUGGACAAAAUGGACGUGUUCAUAUUAGAAUUAGAAGAGCUCUACAUCCCGAAACCUUUGCCUUGGGAAUAUCUUUGGACAUUAAGCAUAUUAUUUGGCUUUAUAGGCCUAAGGGCCUUGUCCCGUAACAGACUUUCAUCUCUUAACACAUACUCUGCGGGAACCGUCGUAUUCGCCCUAUGCCCUCUGCUUGGAGCAGCCAUCUACUUCUUCAAUGAUGUUUGGGAAUAUGCAGAAAAAAAAGGAGAAGCAGAUAUUGAAAUGUGGCAAGGAUUCCCGGUCGCAGUAUGGUGGUAUGGCUUUAUUAUGAUUGCCUUUCAGGUUCACAUAUUCUCAUUGUUGUUCGCCGCCAAACUGAUCAAGAUAUGGCGCGUCAAAACGAAACGAUUUUGAUUUCAUCCUUUAUCUGUGCAUAUCCAUUAUUCACUAAUAGAAACUGGUCUACUAAGCGACUGUAAAACAUGUUCUAAAAUUUUUAUCACUAUCUUCUUUCACAAGAUUUGAUACGUUCAGUUAAAAUGAAAGUCAUAGAUAUGAAUCUUAUUCAUAAGUUUCAGAAGCAUAUAUGAAAUAUAUGUUGCUAAAUUCGGGCUUCAUAAAUGGGCCUUAAGGUGGCAUCAUUGUUGGAAUGUUUAUGCUGCAAAUACUUUCUUCAUUGCAGAAUUAAAAAUCAUUCUGUGUGAUGCAAGUACAUUUUGUAUUUGAAGGAAAAAUACCACUUGCCAUGUAUUUAAUUAAGCAAACCAUUUUUUGCGAAAUAAAAGAAUCUAAAAAUAUUUACAAUUUAUAUAGCACUGGAAAAUGACUAUUGUAAGUACACGUUGUAUGCAGCGCUUGUUCGGCGAAACAUCUAAAAAUAUAGAAAGAAAAUGACGUUGCUUUUUCAUGAAGUCAGCAUCAAAAGUAGCUUUCCCCCCCCUAUUAAUUAACUCUAGUAGCAAUUAGAGCAACUUCAAAUUCAGAAUGUUUGCUGCUUCAUUGAAACGUAUCUUUUUUAUCCUCAAGAAGUUGAAGUGAAAGUAAAACUAAUCGCUCAAUGCAAGCAGAAGUCUCGUCUUCAAUGGAGUUUUUCAGUGACGUGACACUGUGUAUUUAACGAACAUUCUGUAGAUGUUUUUAAUUAAUUUGCAGUUUAGGUUCUAUUAAGUUAUUUUUGGUACUGUUAGUUAGCUAGACACUGUUUCUUUCUUUGUUUCAGAUAUUAAAUCACGCCAAACUACUAAAAGUACAUUUUUGUUACAUUAAUUACUUGAUGCAUUAGGAAAAAUUAGUAAAGUAGUAGUUUCUCUCGAUAUGUGUAACGAAGACCACUGAAUAAAAGCGUUCCUCUUCUUUUGCUUUGUCAAAUCAUAAAUAAAUUAAACGUUUUUCUUUCGAUAUUUUUUUUAAUUAUUUCGUUUUUCGUUCCUAAAUGUUUUGCAAAUACUAUAAUUCCAGGCCGACAUUGUGUAUCGUAUUCAAAAUAUUUUCUACAUCCCCUUUUUGUUUUAUAACAAAUUUGAAGUCAUUCAUCAAAAGUACAUGGAUGAUUUUUAUCCUGAUGUGAAAGAGAUGCAUGUGAUCUUAUUUUUUCAAAUGUUGCGGCUGUGCAAGCGAAUAUCUCCUGCCUGAAGUGUUUCAUCUGCAAGAAAGUAUAAGACAUCUGGUCAAAUAUUUUGAAUGUCAUUGUUUCUGAUAUGUCAUCAUUUAUUUGAACAAAAAAUGAAUGCCUGUAUCUUUAUUCGUCAUUUAUCUGUCGUCGUACCACCUUUUGAAUUCCUGUUGUUACCUGUAAAAGUGCUAAAUUAGUUCAUUUUAAAAGAAAAUGUCAUUACUGUAAUUAUUGCAAGUGGAAUUCAAUAAAUAUUGUUGUGAAAAUCUU